AAUACCUUUCACAUUUGUUUUGGACCAUACCAGGGGAACGGUGGAGGAUGCAUGCCAUGUGGAGAGCUGCACUGCCGUGGGUUUGUGUGUGUCUGUGGCUCUCAGCUCAGGUCCACGGAGCUCUGCUGAUCUCCCGGAGAGAUGCUCUAACUCAGGAGGACAAAGGGGCGAUGGGCACCAAGUCGAUAAAGAAAAGAAGCACAAACGCUGCAAAUGAGGUGGAGGUCUACAGUGUGACAGUGGGCUGCACUGUGAUGUCUCGUUUCGCUCACACCGUCAUGACCUCCAAGGCUCUUAACAAGGCCAACUUCUCCCAGGAAAUCUUCUUUGAAGUGGAACUCCCUAAAACCGCCUUCAUCACCAACUUCAGCAUGGAAAUUGAAGGUCAGAUCUAUAUUGGAGAGGUGAAGGAGAAAGCAAAAGCCAAGAAGGAGUAUGAUAAGGCUGUUUCCAAAGGACAGACUGCUGGACUAGUCAAGGCCUCUGGAAGAACAAUGGAGAAAUUCUCAGUGUCUGUCAACAUUGCAGCAAAAAGUAAUGUAACUUUCACUCUGACCUACGAAGAGCUCCUUAAGAGGAAACUGGGACAGUAUGAGAUUCUGACCAGAGUAAAACCCAAACAGCUGGUCCAGGAGUUUAAGAUUGUGGCAGAUAUCUAUGAGCCACAGGGCAUUGCUUUUGUUGAGGCCAUAGCGACUUUCCUGUCCAAUGACCUACUCCCUCUGGUGGAGAAAACAGUCACCGACACAAAGGCUCACAUUUCUUUUUCACCAACACUGGAGCAGCAGAGGAGAUGUCCAGAAUGUGAAGGCACUGUGAUUGAUGGAGAUUUUAUCAUUAAAUAUGAUGUAAAACGAGGAGAAGACCUGGGAGAAAUUCAGAUUGUCAAUGGUUACUUUGUGCAUUUCUUUGCUCCACCUGACCUUCCCAGGCUCCCAGUGAAUGUGGUGUUUGUAAUUGACAGGAGUGGAUCAAUGGGCGGAGCUAAGAUGCUGCAGACUCGAGAAGCACUGAAGGCCAUUUUGAAUGAUCUCCAUGAGGAGGACCAUUUUGCUCUCAUCAUUUUUGAUAAUGAUGUUGCCACCUGGAAGAAUCGUCUCACCAAAGCAACAAAGACAAAUGUGGAUAAAGCCAAAGCCUACGUCGCAGAGAUAAAGGACAGAGGCUCCACUAAUAUUCUUGAACCCGUACUGAGAGCAGUGAACAUGCUGAAGAAAGACCAGGAGGCUACGAAGAUUCCAGAGAGAAGUGUGGAUAUGAUUAUUUUACUGACUGAUGGGAUGCCAAACGCAGGGGUGACAGACCCCGAGGGAAUCCAGGAAGGAGUAAGUUCUGCGAUUGCUGGGACCAUGUCUCUGUUCUGUCUUGGGUUUGGAAAUGAUGUCCAGUACUCCUUUCUGGAUGUGUUGGCCAGACAGAACAAGGGACUGGCCCGCAGAAUCUUUGUGGCUUCCGAUGCAGCUGUUCAGCUCCAGGGUUUCUAUGAAGAAGUGUCCAGACCUUUGCUGCUGAAUGUGGACCUGCAGUAUUCUGACACAAGUGUGGACUCUUUGACUAAAAACCACUUCAACCACUUGUUUGAGGGAUCAGAGAUUAUUGUGGCUGGGAGACUGAGUGACAACGAUGUGGACAACCUCCAGGUCAAAGUGUUGGGUCAGGGGCCAAAUAUGGAUUUCCAGAUGAUGGACCAGGCCAGCGGGGUGAACUGGGACGUUGUCUACCCGGAGGAGGAGUACAUCUUUGGGGACUUCACGGAGCGUCUGUGGGCCUACCUCACCAUCCAACAGCUACUGGAGAAGAGUGAAAUUGGUACUCAACAGGAGCAAGACAAUGCCACACAAAAAGCUCUUGACAUGUCUCUCCGGUACAGUUUUGUCACACCUCUCACCUCAAUGGUCAUUACAAAGCCUGAAACUGAGCCUGGAAAAAACAGCCCUCUUAUCGCUGAUAAACUGACUGAAGACCAGAGGCAAAAAGCUGAGAGAGCUAACCCAAGAAGCAGUACACGUUCAUUUUCUGCCCCUAAGGCCCAUGCUGCCAGGUCCCGAAGUCAGUCAGAUGUGGAUGGAGAUCCUCAUUUCCUCAUAGAGCUGCCAGACAGAGACGAUGCUCUGUGUUUCAACAUCAACGACAAACCAGGAACCAUUCUCAACCUAGUGAAAGACCCAAAAUCAGGCUUUGUGGUGAAUGGUGAAAUUAUUGGCAAGAAGAAGGUUGUUGAUGAUGGUAAAGUGAACACAUACUUUGGCCGUUUUGGCAUCAUCCACUGGACCCUGGGGGUGAGGCUGGAGGUGAGCACACAGGACAUCUCAGUGUUCCAGGACAGUGAUCAGUUUCGGCUGCUGUGGUCCGAUACUGCCUCCCUCAAAGGACCCAAUUUACACCUGAAGUUGGCAAAGAACUGCAGCCUGACGGUGACGCUGAAACACUCUGUCAAAUUUAUGAUCAUUAAACACACAAAAGUAUGGAAGAGACGCCACGACCAGCAAGACUACCUGGGUUUCUACACCCUGGACAGCCACCACAUGUCCUCAUCAGUUCACGGCCUGCUCGGUCAGUUCUACCAUGGGGUUAACUUUGAGGUAACAGAUGUGCAUCAGGCUGAAACUCAGGAUGAACAUCACGCUGUUAUGUAUGUGAAGGGACAAACCCUCAAUGUGACCAGACACUGGCAGAGAGACUUCAGCCAGGAUCUGAAGGAUGGGAAAAACAUUUCCUGCUGGUUUGUUAAUGAUAACGGAGCAGGCCUUGUCGAUGGAGCAGUCACUGACUACAUAAUGUCAGACCUUUUUGAAACAGUUUGAAUGUUCUGAAUUAUUUCACCACUUGGAUACAAGUUUAUUCAUAUUAUAGAGCACUUUUACACACACAUGCACAACCACAUUUUUUAGAUUAGACAGGAAAAAUAACAGCUGUUUUUGUUUUGUUACAGCAGGUUUAAGGGUUUGAAGACAGCAUCUUUUUUUCACUUAUUUCUAUACUUCUAUACUUAAGGCAAGGGAAGUUUGUAUAGCACAUUUCAUGUACAGGACAAUUCAAAGUGCUUUACACAAAACAUAAAAGCAUCACAGGAGAGGCAUAAAAACACAUUUAAGAUGAGAGAAAGUUAAAAUAUAAAAACAUAAAAAUA